GUCGAAGUACUGCGGGAACAGUACCCCACGUAGCUUGUACCUGCAGGAUCAGAGAGUUCCACAAGAACUUUUCUCAAGAACUUUCAUGAGCUAACUUGAGUGAUUUGCACUUCACUCCAUGUGACACAAAUUCCGAACCACAGGUAUAGUACUGUAUUUUCAUUUUGAAAAAAGUAUAUCACAGAUAGAAUCAUUAGCUGCAAGAGCAACUUGCGCAGAUGUCAAAGCAUGCUGACACCCAUGUCGAUGUCGACAACGAUCAAGAGAAAGAUAGCGACGAUACAGACAUUGGAAACAGCCCGAACGCGCGUCGGAGUCUUUCUCAAAGGUACAAUGACCGUUGCUUGAGUUGCAAAAUGCUUCUAGGCAUUGUACCGUUUGUAGUAUUGGCAAUUGUAUCGCCGGUGGACGAGGAACUGUCUGUUUGGCUUGCCCUGGCUUUAUCUCUUUCUCUUAACUUGCGUUUACUCUACCGUGGAUGUUACGAUCCAAAAUACCCGAAGUGGUACUGGAUGGAAAUGGCGCUUUGCCUUAGCCUCCUUGGAAUUGGCAUCUUCAAUGGUAUCACGGGGGUUGCAGUUUCCCUCCUCCAAAUCAUCCCUUCCACCGCCAUGUUUCUUGCGAUCCCUAUUUCUAUGAUGUUCGAAGAUCCCUUUUUGUAUCGUGAGUUGGCUCCAACCGUGACACCAGACGUUUCAUCUAGCCCUGGUUUUAUGCAACUGUGUCAAUACCUCUCCGCAUAUUGGAUGUUUGUCAUGUUUUUGCAAUCAGUGUCUAUGUGGGUCAGUUUAUUGUUUCUUACUUCUUUGACAUCGGGCGAGCCUUCGGAACCCAUCCCGUACCUUAUUCUAUCCGCUGUGCUUCCUAUUGGUUUCAUCAUUCUUGGCUUCCUUACGACGAAACCUCUGGCCGAUUAUCUGAAAUCAAAGGGCGAGGAGAAGGAUGGUGACGAAGAGAACGGUGAUGUCACCUGUGAUGUCUAAUUUUGGCUCGAACCGGAAGCAAAACAAGAAAGAUUGUCAUCCGCUUUAGAUACUCAGCGGCAUGAUCGAUUGGAAAUGUACUAAGGCUAGUGUACACUGGAAGUUUGAGACAAAGUCUUGAAUGCAUCACUAUCAAAUAGCAAUACUAAAAUUCUUUAUAAGAU